UUGAGGAGCAUGGUCUUCGCCUCCCUCCUCAUCAUGUCCGUCGCGGGAGCCACCUACACGGUCCUCCUCAACUCCAGCCACGUCAAAUCUUCCUUGGGUUACGACCAGACCACUCUCACUCUCCUCAGCUUCUUUAAGGACGUAGGCAGCAACGUUGGCCUUCUAUCCGGCCUCAUCCACAAGGUCACCCGGCCCUGGGUACUGCUCCUCAUCGGUGCCGCCAUGAACUUCUCCGGUUACUUCAUGAUCUGGCUCGCCAUCACCGGCAAACUGGCCAAGCCCAGCGUCUGGCAAAUGUGUCUCUACAUCUGCGUCGGCGCAACUUCCCACUCCUUUUUCAACAACGGCGCUUUUGUCACCUGCGUCGAGAACUUCCCGGAGGGCCGGGGAAUCGUUUUGGACCUCUUGAAAGGCUUCGUCGAAAUUGGCAGCGCCAUUCUGACACAGCUUUAUCAUGCUAUCUACGGCGACAAUUCCAAGUCCCUAAUCUUGCUCAUCGCCUGGUUGCCCGCCGCCCUUCCCUUCAUUUUCCUUUGGACCAUUCGGAACAUGAAGACCGUUCCCCGAACGAAUGAAGUCAUGGUUUUCUACAAUCUUCGGUACAUCUCUGUCGGCCUAGCUGGGUUCCUCAUGUUCAGAAUUAUCGUUCAGAAUAGGACCAGCUUCUCUAGGUUCGAAUAUGGCGCCAGCUUCGGAGUUGUGCUGGUUCUUCUCUUCACGCCUCUUCUCUUCGUCAUGCAAGAACAGCCCAAGGCAUGGAAGGCCAACAAACAAGUGUUGGAUGGCUCGAGUUCUCAGAUACCAGAAGGCAUUGAGAACCCACCGCCACCGCCACCGGUGGAACCAGAGGGAUCGAAUCGGCCUGCCGGAGACCUAAAAAGCUCGAAAAAGACGGAUUCUUGUCGGAACAAUGCAUUCCUUCCGCAGGACCGAGGCGAGGACUACACCAUCCUACAAGCACUCUUCCGCAUCCACAUGAUAAUUCUCUUCGUUGCCACGACAUGCGGCGUCGGUGGCACGCUGACAGCGAUAGACAACCUCGGCCAAAUCGGUCUGGCCCUUGGCUACCCUGCCUCCACCGCCACCACCUUCAUCUCCCUCAUGAGCAUAUGGAAAUAUCUCGGUCGGGUCGUCUCCGGCUUCGCCUCCGAAACCUUCCUCUCCAAGUACAAAUUCCCUCGCCCCCUGAUGUUCUCGCUCGUGCUCCUCCUCUCUUGCUUCGGUCACCUCCUCAUCGCCUUCGGCGUGCCCAAUUCUCUCUACGUUGCCUCCGUGAUCAUUGGCUUCUCCUUCGGAGCUCAAUGGCAGCUGCUCUUCGCCAUAAUAUCGGAGAUUUUCGACCUCAAAUACCACUCCACUCUGUAUUAUUUUGGCGCCCUGGCAAGCCUGGUUGGAAUGUACAUUCUCAACGUGAAGGUUGCCGGCCGGCUUUACGACCAGGAAGCUCUGAAGCAAAUGGAUGCCAAGGGGCUGAAAAGGCUCACCGGAGAGGAGCUGACGUGCACUGGCGUGGAGUGUUACAAGAAGGCUUUCAUUGUCAUCACUGCUGCAACUCUGUUUGGGUGCGUUGUCUCGCUGGUUUUGGUGCUUAUACCCAGGAAGUUCAGAGAGCAGGCCGAUCCGGCGACGGCGGAGGCGGGGCAGGCUCUGCAAGUACAAACUGUGACGGGGCAAAUGGGGUAGUGCAGCUAAGGGAGGUGGCUUCCGGCAGCGCCGUGGCAGGCUCUGCAAGUACAAACUGUGACGCGGCCACUGUCGGAAUCAUGUAUAGCACCGCCAUGCACCACGAAAGAAACUGACGACGACGAGCUAAUUAGUAAAUCACUAUGGCAUAUUUUCAUCCCAAUAAGAUACUGACGACGAAAAGUUUCACAGUUCGUGCAUUUAGUGGUUUUUUUUUUUUUUUUUUUGGCUAAAGCCUAAAGCAUCGAAUAAUGCACAAAGUCCAAGAGCAUUUC